GGUGCCAUAUUGUACCAAGUUUUUAUGCAUUUAAAUAAAUAAAAUAAACUAUUGUUCUUCCAUAUUACCACUAUUACUCUUUUUCCGUCACUCACACUUCUGUUUGUUAUGUCAUUACUCUCUUCUGUUGCUUUUUGUGGUACAGAGAGGGAGAGUGGUAAUUUGGACUGCUGCACAGAUGUGCAGCAGUCAGUCACUCAGUCAGCUGGUUUUAUGGCGAUAUCCUUGUAAUUUUAAGAUAAACCAUUUUAGAAUAAACUACCUUGGUUACUAGGAGGUGUUUAGUGUUUGUUAUGCUGCAUAGGAGAUGGUCAUCAUCACUAAAAUAGUUCUCAAAAUCUUUUUUAAUAAACAGGAGUAUGUAAAUCGUGUAAUUUUGUGAGAUUGUGUGGUGUGUGUGUGGCGCCUAAACGUUUUACAUUAUUUUUCAGAUGAUAAAUGGAAUUUUUGGUAGAAAUGGACGAUGAAUUAGAUUAUAAUGAAAGUGAAUCACCAAUAACUGUGAUGAAACGUACUGGAGAUACAAAAUCUUCACAGUCACAUGUUAAGUCAAUGCAACAUUCAAGUGAAAAAAUCCGUCAUGUUGUUGUUUCACCACGAGAAGAAGGCGAAGCUUAUUCAGAUGAUGAGAAUGAUUCUACAACAGCAGGCGAAUUAAAACGCGACUAUGCAAAUAAACAGUCAACAGUUCAAGUUGAUAAAGAAGAAGGUGAAGCAUCCAGUGAAGAAGAUCGUCGUUAUGAUCAUCGUUAUGAUUCAAAACGUGAAAAAAUAAGCACCAGUAAACAAAAGCAUUCUUCAAGAGGCACAAAUUUAACACUUGAUGAGGUUCAAUAUCGUAGUCGUCUACAUGAACGAUAUGAACGCAGAGAACGUGAAAUAAAACGAUUGCGAAGUGAUAAAGACACAGAGGCCACAAUGUAUGACACACAUCGUCCAGUAUACUCCAAUGAAGAAUCGAAUUCCAGUAGUGGUGACAGGGAAGAUGUCAAGUUAAAUGUGAAAGUAGAUGAUUUAGAAGUUGGUAGAAAACACCAGUCCAUUAAAGCACAAGAUAUAAGACAGAAAGAUCGUUCUCUGAUGCCUUCAGUUCAUCAAACUUCUGUAGACAAAUCUCCGCCUCAAGAUAGUCGAAGUUUUAAAGCAAUACAAAAAGAACGCGAAGAAUACGGUUUAAAGUAUAGUCAAAGCCAGACAAGCUUCUCAAAAUAUGAUAACGUCCUAUCCUCAACUUCUCAGUCAGUACCCACUGGUUUAUCAGACAAAAUUAUUGGAUCAGAAAAUCUUUAUACAUCAGUUGAAUUAAGCCAUUCCCCAAUUGAGGUGUCAAAAAAGUCUAAAUCAAAAAAAUCAAAACGAGAACGUAAAGAUAGAGAGAAAGAAUCCUCAAAGAUACGAGGCGAUGAUAUCCCUUUGAAGUAUAGUAAAAAAGAAAGUAAACAGCGUAAAGUACACCAUUCAUCGUCGACAACAAGUGAAUUAGACCAGACUACCAAAUGGAGGGAAUCAGAUCAAAAGUAUGAAAAGAUGAUAUCAAGUGCUGUUCGUCAUGAUCGACUACCUCAUCCAGGUAUGCAGCAACAGCAACAACAACCGCAGCAUAGUUGUUCUGGUUCACUUGAUUCAAUAUCCUCUAAUUCCUCGCAGAUGAGUAAAGCUUCCGGUUCUUCUUCUUCUUCAUCAUCAUCAUCAUCUUCACGUUCAUCGCCUACUGUACAUGGUAAAUCUUCAUCCGUAGCUAGUGCUCAUCACCACCACCACCAUCAUCAACAUUCAUCUUCUCAGAUGUCAUCAUCAUAUGAUCGUGAUACCACAACAGCGUAUGAUCAUCGUCGGCAUCAUCGUCAUCAUAGUAAACGACGUUAUCAUCGAGAGGCCAGGGAGACAGCGCCUCCACCAGAAGCGAAUCGUCCGUAUAUUGGUCCAAAUCAAAUAUCAGUUAAGAUAAAACAUAAGCAUAAGUCAGAUAAACGAGAAACGAUGACGACGACGACGACAGGGGCAGCUCCAGCCGCAGCCGUACCAGUAGACAAUAAUUAUCCGACAAAUUUAUUAUAUAAACGUGAAAAAAUAUCACAAGAUAUUAUUGAAAGUCAUCAAGAUAUUCUAAUUGAAGAAUCUUACAAACAUCACAAAAAGAGUAAAUUAUCAAAGAAUACUGAAAUUGAAGCAAUUGCCAGUCGGCAUAAGAAACACUCAUCGAAGAGAUCAAAGUCAAAAGAACAUCGAUCAUUAUCACAGAAAUUAUCUUCAUCUGAACAGACUAGUCACCGCCACCGGUCAAAUUUAGCACCAUCAAAACAUGAAAUCGGUCAUGAUGAACGCUAUUCAGAAGAAGAAAGUGAAUUAGACUCGAAUAAGACGAAAGAAGUAAAUCUUAAUGUUAACGAUAAAGAGGUGGUGAUGGUGAGCAGUAAAAUCAAAGAUACUAAUCCAUCAUCAUUCCCUUCUGGAAGUAAUAAACAACAUAUUGUUGAAGGUGGUGGUGGUGAAACAAAAGGCAGUGGAAGGCUUAGUCGGUUUCCGCCACGACCACCACGAUUACCACAGUAUCCAGGUUAUUCAGAAUCUUCAUCAGAAUCUGAUGACUUUGGUGUUGGUGUGUCUGAUAAUCCCUUUAUGCAUAAUCCUAUCAGUACUAGUAGUAAUAAUGGUGCUGAUAGAAAAAUGGAUGUUGACGCUGAUGAAGACAAGUACAAAGAUUUCCGUGAUGAUGAUGAUGAUGGCGGUGACGGUGUCGGCGAUAAUGCUAAAAUCGAUUCUCCGGAAGAUAGUAAACCACCUGGAAAACCAUUCUAUUUUCCGUCUAUACAAGGUUGCCGAUCAGUUGAAGAAUUUGAAUGCCUUAAUCGUAUUGAAGAAGGCACUUAUGGUGUUGUUUAUCGUGCUCGGGAUAAAAAAGUCAAUGAAAUUGUUGCAUUGAAACGUUUAAAAAUGGAAAAAGAGCGUGAUGGUUUCCCGAUUACAUCACUACGUGAAAUCAAUAUGUUAAUGAAAGCUCAACAUGAGAAUAUUGUUACUGUACGUGAAGUAGUUGUUGGCAGUAAUAUGGAUAAAAUAUAUUUAGUCAUGGAUUAUGUAGAGCAUGAUUUAAAAUCGCUGAUGGAGGUUAUGAAUGGUCCAUUCAGUGUUGGUGAAGUGAAGUGUUUACUUGUACAGUUAUUACGUGCAGUUGCUCAUCUACACGAUAAUUGGAUAUUACAUCGUGACUUGAAAACAUCAAAUCUUUUAUUAAGUCAUCAAGGAAUCUUAAAGGUAGGAGAUUUUGGGUUAGCUCGGGAAUAUGGUUCUCCGCUUAAACACUAUACUGAAGUUGUUGUUACCUUAUGGUAUCGGGCACCGGAAUUGUUAUUAGGUACAAAACAAUAUUCUUGUCCAAUAGAUUUAUGGUCGGUUGGGUGUAUUUUUGCUGAAUUCCUACUACAACGACCAUUAUUCCCUGGAAAAGGCGAAAUCGAUGAAUUGAAUAUUAUUUUCCGGGAUUUAGGCACACCAACUGAGAGAAUUUGGCCAGGUGUAUCCCAACUGCCUGGGAUUAAAAAAUGCGUUUUUACAGAAUAUCCAUAUAAUCAGCUGAGACGAAGAUUUACAGAGAAACAAAUUUCUGAUCAAGGAUUUGAUUUACUAAAUAGUUUUCUAACCUAUUGUCCAGAAAAACGAAUUACUGCUGAAAAAGCAUUAGCUCAUCCCUACUUCAAUGAACGUCCUCGUGCUAUUCAUCCAUCAAUGUUCCCAAGUUGGCCAGCGAAAUCUGAAGGUGGUAUUGCUGUGAAAAAAUCUUCACCUCGACCACCAGGUGGUGGUGCUUUGGCAGCGGCAGCAGCUGCCGUAGCCGCCGCUGCAGCAGCCGCGGCCGCAGUAUCUUCCUCUGUCACGUCAGGUGGCGCCGGUGGUGCUGCUGCUGGGGGCAGUCGUAUACGAUAUCAACCUCCAGCACCGCCUAUGGGUGGUCAGAGAUUCUACAGUAGUAUGGGUGGUGGUGAUUCUCGUCCUAGUACAGCGAAUCGUGCUACAGUUGGUUCCGGGGACGCUUUUUCCACUGGCGGUGUAGAUAAAGGCUUUUUGUUGAGGUUUUGA